UUUUUUUUUUCCUCUUCUCUGGGGAAAAAAAAACCGACAAGAAAGCCCUUCUUGGGAUCCCACUGCCUUCCUGCCAACGGCACACGAUCAUCCACCACCGUCACCUACGUUUUUCAUUUAUCGUCGGUUUCUGCCUCUGUUUCCCACCCAGACCCAUCGAGAUUCCUCUCAGCCGUAACCGCCACCAUCGUCAGCAUUACAGCCGGGGACUGUGUGAUGAGGUCGCCCUGCAGCCGGGUUUCGGGUACAUUAAGAUAAGGCGGUUUUUGUGUUCGGGACGGUCCUCGCUUUCAGUUCGGUUUGACUUCUCGCUUUCCAAAGCCCUGUGAGCACCCCGAGUGUGUGAAGAAAUACACUACAGGAGAACGCAGCUACUACUGGGGCUGAGGGAAUCGCUGAUCCUGAAUCAUACACUGGAAAGAGAACUUCAAGUUACUAAUCCUUCACCCUGGGUAUCCGAUAUCAUGAGCCAGUUGUCUUACCAAGAGCAGUGCUCCGCAUUGAGAAUAUCCAUGAGCUCCGAUAUCCCGCACUGCGAUUUAAGGAUGCCAAAUAUAGGGUUCCAGAACCUUCCCCUUAAUAUCUACAUUGUGGUUUUUGGGACAGCCAUCUUUGUCUUCAUCCUCAGCCUCCUCUUCUGUUGCUACUUAAUAAGGUUACGGCACCAGGCGCACAAAGAGUUAUAUGCAUACAAACAAGUCAUUCAGAAGGAAAAAGUCAAAGAGCUAAAUUUGCAUGAGAUAUGUGCAGUGUGCCUGGAGGAGUUCAAACAGAAAGACGAGCUGGGGAUUUGUCCAUGUAAACAUGCCUUUCAUAGGAAGUGCCUCAUUAAGUGGUUGGAGGUGAGGAAAGUGUGCCCGCUGUGCAACAUGCCCGUCUUGCAGCUCGCCCAGCAGGCUGGCAGCACAGAUCCCGCUGUGCCAAUACAGCAGCCUCUGCCUGGCAUCGAGAACCUGGUGUAGCAGACUCAAACCAUCUCAAGCAGUACACUACAGACACACAAACACACACAUCCCAUCACUCAUACUCUCACCUGUACAGGUCCGCUAUGGUAUGAGUCUGUGGACAGAUGGAGAAACUGGAGUUACUGCGCAGAUACUCACAAAAACAGUGAAUCGGCAGCCAUCGUCAGCUCUUUAAUCUUUGCAUUGGUUCACAAAAGGAUUUCUUUAUCAGUUCUGACUGAUAAUCAACUGUUUUCCUGUUUUUCUUUUCGCGGACAAUGAAGAAGAGUUGAUCUAGAAAAAGUCUCCUGUCUUGGCCAUGAUUUGGUCGAUAACUUUUUCACAACCAAAGCACUUUUCUGGGGACACCAGCUAAAGACCAGGAUGAAAAAAAACAUAAAAGCCAAGAACUACAAUACACAAAAAAAUUUUUUUUUUUUUUUUUUUUAACAAGCACUUUAUGAGAAGUCAAACCUUAAUUGCUUGUGAUCGUAGUAGCAAGGUCAUGUUUUAUAUUUUUAUCAUUAACUAUUAUUUCUGUGCACAGUGCAAAACCACAUGGGUUUUCAUUUUUAAUUAGUAAACUUUGAUUUUUAAACAAAAAAAAACAAUAUAUAUCUCAAAGGGACAACAAUACUUACGUCGGAAGAUGUCAGGAAAUUUGGACAAUAGUUUCUGUUCAAAUUGCUCACACAUGAAAUAAUAACCUCAAAGCAACCUCGAAGACUUUACGUCUGACUAAAUGUGAAAGGUUUGAAUGUGUUGAAAGCCAGAAUUUUACACACAAACAUUAACUCUGACACACUUUAUGUAAAGCCUAUAGAAUUUGUUCCCUCAUCACCUGUUGUCAUUCAUAACAAUGUUACUGUUAUUAUCAUUUUUUACUACUCUGUCAAAACAGAAAGGUGAUACAGUGAACAAAUUUAUAUUUUCAUUAAAUGAAUUUACCGGGUAACUUCCUCUACAUACGAGUGCUAUUAGGCAAACGCAGGCUACAUGCUGCUGUCACCCCAGGAAUACUCAAGAUCUUUCUUUUCUUUUCUUUUCUUCUUUUUGGAAAAAUAUUUCAGGACCUCUCCAACAGAAAAUCAACAUUUCAAAUUACCUACUUCAACUACUGUGUUUAUCUAAGCAGUAUUAGUGUGUAUAACCUGCAUUGUCUAUAAAACUGUUUACAAAACAAACACCAGUAAUGAGGCGAUAUUAAAAAUCUAUAAAAUAACAUAAAUGUUCCAGUUUUAUCUUGCUCUGCAACCGCAUCGUUUUAUUUUUAUUGAAGCUGAGCUGUGUGAAUGUUACGAUGGCUUGAGACACUUCACAAAACAAAGCAACUAAUGUCAAACUGUUAUUUUGAUUUAUAUUAAACUAGCAUCACAUAUUCUGCAAGAAAGUGAUUGACAAUUCAUUUUAGGAUGAGAUCAGAAUGAACUCCUACUUAAAAUGUGCUGCGUACACAGUUCCAGUUAUCUUUGCUUCUACCCCAGUAGAGCAUUUCUAUUUUUUUUAAUUUUUUAUUUAUUAUAAUUUUUUGGUACAACUACAUUGAGUGAAUGAGUUAGCGGAUUGACACCUGCAUCACAAGUACUGCCCUCAGCAUAUCUUCUGGUUAAGAUACACACUACUUUGUAAAACACAUCUACAUGCACAGAGGGACGGGCACAAGCCUCCCCCCUGCCUGGGCUGCCAGAGAGUUGGUGGUCAGCAGGUUGUAAUGAAGCAGCAUUUUCAUUCAUACACUCACACAUACAGGGUAGUUCAGCUUUUUGGCUGCAGUAUUCUGGUGCUUUCGCCUCUCUCUCUCUCUCUCUUUCUGUACGGUACAGGGUGCUUUUUGUGUUGUGCAACACAUACAGUAACUCUGAGCCCCGCUUUUGUGUAUGUUUUUUUUGUCCUCAUCUCUUUUUAGCUGCUUUUGAUAAAUGUGUUGUGGGUGGGGAAAUGUGCUGAUGUAAAAGGGGGCUAAAAAAAAAAAAGCUGUGCUUCACAGUGAUGGACCCAAGAUAAGUUGGAGAUUGUCUUUUACCUGUGACAUGUAUUGUCCAAUGACAAUCGUACAUUAGUUUUAAAGGCACAAUCUGUGAUCCAAGUAAAAUAAAAUCAAAUAAAUAAGAGUUGUCCCACUACUUAAAAAAGGAACAAAAACAACCAAAAAGGCUUUUAUUUUGAAUUCUGAUAAAUGGAGAAGGACACCAAAAUCUAAUUUCCAUCUAUAACUCAAAGUCUUCAAAUAUCUUUGUGAAUAUACAAAGCCUCAGAUUUAAACAGUAAAAAUAAUUACUGCCUUUACCACACUUUAUUCCCCAUUAGGUUUUAUUGUCUAACACCAAACACUGUCAUGGACAGCGUUGCGCAGGUUCCCAACACAUGGGCGGUUUGACAAGUGACAAUGUGUUUCACCCUCCGUGGCAGAAAAGCAUUGUUACUCUCAUCUCUGUGGUUUGAAUGUUUCAUCUCUGUUGAAUGUCUGCCCGCACCCCACAGUGACGACCUUUUCAAUGGGGUCAGAGCAUGCAGCAAGGUGAAAAAUGUCAACGUUUAGAUGAGAGCAAAAGCAGGAUUUCUCUGUCCUGUGUGUAGCGUUUCAGUUCGUUUUUACAUGCCCUAGAAGAACUCCGAUCCCCAUAUAUUAUGCAGUGCUACACUACCACUGAUGAAAAGACUAUUAACACUUCAAACUAAAAUUCAAAGAAACAUUUCGUCCGCAUUACCCCUAUUUGAACAAAAACUGCCUCAAUCAUUUAAAAAAAAUAAAACUAAACAAUACCAUGUUGAUUAGCAAUAUCACAACCUCUUCACUCUAGUGAAUUGAUGAUUUAAUUCGUGAUUGAAGUACAUCAUCUGGCCUAUCACUGAAAAGGUUGUGGUUUUAUGUUGAAUAAAAUAUGCAGCCUAAGCUAUGUUGCGUUAUGUAUGGUAUUCGGUACCUUCUCGCUUCUUAGUCUUUGAUUAUGAAGAGGCUCUGACUGUUUCAUAUAACACAUAUCUCACUGCAGAUGUUACAAAGUGAGACCAAACAUUCUUGGUCAUAAAUUAUUCCCCGAAACCUCACUGAUUAAACUAUAAGUCGACUACUAAUUCUGCCACUGUCCCCGAAAGAUGACAUAUUUGGUAGCUCAGUGCUAGUAACACAAGUCUUAAAGCUUUGUUCCGGCUAGCGGUUUUCUUUUUGAAUGUAUGGUUAAUGAGAGACAGAAAAGAAAAUUAGGAGACUUAAUGUGAAAGCAUGCUUUAUUGCAUUGUCAGGUAGCCACUGAUAUCACCAUUGUUAAAUGUAUAUAGACAGUAGUGUCAGUAGUUGUGUAUUUAUACAUAAGGUGCACAAGAAAUGCUCCUUCAUAUAAACUAAAUGGCAGCUGAACACUUCCUGCCAUUUGGCCAUCUUAAGUGUUGUGUUUGAUUAUAAACACUUUUAGCCUUUCCACCUACACUUCCCCGUUUCCCUCCUGUGUGCCGUCCUAAUCCCACUUCAAACAAAGUGCCAACCCAAAUUGAAGUCCGAGCCACCAAGAAAGAAGGUCCUGCUUUUUGAAAAGAAAAGAACAAGAGGGCAGAGUCUCUGUCAGAUAAUGGCCAAAAAAAAAAAAAAA